AUGAACGGCAAGAAACUCCUCACGACGCCCAUGGCGCUCAAACAGCUUCACAGCCUCCCACUUUCUCUGCGCCGUUCCAUCCUCCGCGUCCACCAACUGCGAGAAGCAGCCAUAGCCACACCCACACCCACACCCACACGCACAUCCAUACCUUCGACCCUGAUACCGAAAACGCUCUCCCGCCCAUAUUCAUCUUCAUCCUCAUCCUCCCCCACCGCCGACCCCAACCGCAUAGUCCGCCCUCUGGUGCCUCCUCCCCACGAAGGGUCCGGCCCUCUCCUCUCCCGCCGACCCGACCGCGCACUGCCCGACCCCGCGACCGGAAGCUCAGUCUGGCUGAAGACGCUCCCGAUCUUCGUCCUCCUAAUCACGGUGUCCAGCCUGGCGAUCUUCAACUACGAAAAGUCCACGUCCAGCACGGUCAAUAGUAUCCUGUACGCACUGCGCACCAACAUCCACGCCCGCGACCUGCUGGGCGAUGAGAUCUACUUUGCCAGCAAGCUGCCAUGGAUCAGCGGCGAGUUGAGCCCCAUGCAGGGCGUCAUCAAUAUCCGGUUCCGGGUUAAGGGGACAAAGGGCGUGGCGGAGACCAAGUUCGUGGCCGUGAAGCGGAGGGGCGGCUUCUUCGAGACCUUGGAGUGGAGUCUACGCGGCGACGACGGGACCGAGGUGCAUUUGUUGGAGAAGGAGGGGACGACGGAUCCCUUGGAGGGCCAGAGGUUAGAUUGA